AUGAAGGGCCUACUCUCCGCCUUCAUUCUCCUUGUCGAGCUGUCGCUUACGCGGCUGGUAAUCACAGCCCAGCAAUGCUGCUCUCCGCAGUGCAUUGCCCUCCCUACACUGUUCGGAGCGCAUAUCUUAAACUUCACUGCAGCACCAGCGAGCAACUACACCGCAUUAGUUGGUCAGAAUGGUGCUGUUUUGACCGGCAACUACACGAUAGGCCAAUUUUGCAAUGUCAGUAUCCAAUACACACACCCGGGCUGGAAUGACACAAUCAACGUCCGAGUUUGGCUCCCCAUGGACGGCUGGAACGGCCGCUUCCAAGGCACGGGAGGCGGCGGAUGGACGACUGGUGCUUAUCAAGGCAGUACAUCAGAUUACGUCCUGCCCGCCGUCGCGAACGGAUAUGCUGCUGCCAACACCGAUGGCGGUCAUGACAGCAACCUAGCGCAUCCUGACUGGGCUUUGUCCAGCCCAGGCAACGUCAAUUUCUUUCUUCUCCAGGACUUUGCUUCAGUAGCAUUGAGUGAUAUGACGAUCCUUGGCAAGCAAGUAACCCAAAGCUUUUACGGAAGAGCUCCGUACCGCAGCUACUGGAACGGGUGCUCUACUGGCGGCCGGCAAGGCCUCAUGCUGGCACAGCGCUUCCCGGACCUGUACGAUGGCAUUCUUGCUCUUGCGCCAGCCAUCAACUGGGACAGCUUCAUCGUCGCAGAGUAUUGGGCCCAACAUCUUGACGCUUACACCCUGGCCGCCAUCGCAGCUUGCGACGGAUUGGACGGUGUGAUCGACGGCAUCGUUUCGAACGAAACCGCGUGCAACUUUGACCCGACGUCGAUCGUCGGGCAGAUUUUCAUGUGCAAUGGGACGGUCCCUAGACAGUACUCCGGAGCAGGCGCUAUCAUUGUCAAGGCUGCCUGGACGGGACCCGUCAAUCCCGUGUCGGGCAAGCGAGAGUGGUAUGGACUGAACAAAGAUGCCAACCUUACAGCCGGUAUCGUUGGUACCCAAACGAUUGCGACUGCAAAUGGCACAACGACCGUUGGAGCGCCGUUCUCCAUUUCCACCGACUGGAUCAAAUACUUCAUAGCCUGCAAUGCUUCUUACGCGGUGACAAACAUGACGGAUGCGGCCUACUUCGCUAACCUCCAUCAAUCGCGAAACCGCUAUGCUGGUAUCAUCGACACGUCCGAUCCGGAUUUGUCUCUGUUCAAGAGCAACGGCGGUAAAAUGAUCACGUGGCACGGCAUGACUGAUCGGCUCAUCUUUCCUAAUGGGUCUGUCGACUACUAUCAGCGUGUACUGGAGCAAGAUCCGAACGCUGCAGACUUCUACCGAUUGUUCCUUGUUCCUGGUGUAGAGCAUUGCCGCAACGGCCCUGUCGCUGGUAUGGGGCCAUAUCCGGUAGAUGUACUGGACACCCUCGUACAAUGGGUCGAGAACGGGCGAGCACCCAAUGUGUUGCUGACGAAAAAUCUGUCUUCGCCCACCCAAAGCUACUCUCGCAAUGUGUGCGUCUGGCCGAAGGUGCAGACGUAUGUGGGUGGUGAUGCGAGUGCCACGAGCAGCUUUGUUUGCGUAUAG